AUGGAGGUCGUCGAAGCGUGCGAGAAGGCGAACCGCAGCCUCUCCCUCCCCUAUACUUUGAGCUCGAAGAUGGUCAUCAAGCCGGAUCAACUAAUCAAGCGCCAAGGAAAACAAGGAUUGGUCGUUAUGGAAAACAUGUGCGAAAUCAAGGAGGUUUUCAGCAAGAUGCAGGAAGAGGAACGCGAGAUUGAGGACUCGAUGUGGAGAAUUCGAUGGUGCCUGAAAUCUCUUCAAUCGUUAGUCUACUUCAUGGAGUUGACGAGAAACUAUUCGUCAAACUCGGGUGAUGACUUGCCAGAAGACGUUCAAGACAACCAUGCAAAUUUUGUUGUAUCGGCGGACGCGGAAGUUGCCGCCAAUUCGUUCACCCUCAACGAAAAGACGACGGCGGUUGUUUGGGGACAGCAACAGAAGGCGAUGCAGGGAAUGUUGGAUUUCGAUUGGGCGUGUGGCCGUGCAACUCCGUCUGUGGCAGCUUCAACUUAUCCAGAUUCGGACAACACCAUGAACAAAUUCUACUUUGGCCAAGAGAAGUUUUUGCCAAGCUAUCGCUCGAUGAAAGAAGCAUUUGAUGAAGCAAACGCGACGGUGCUGGUCUGCUUUGCAUCUUACCGCUCUGCUUACGAAGUCGUUAAAGAAGCGUUGGAAGAAAUUCCUCAACUACAACUUGUUGCCAUCAUUGCCGAAGGUGUCCCUGAGCGACUAACUCGUCAUUUGAUCAAGAUCGCCGAUACAAAGAGGAUGACGACACUUGGCGGCAUCAAGCCUGGAUGCCUGCUUCAAGAUUGGAAACACGCGUGGAAUGAUCGACAACAUUUUGGCGUCAAAGUUGUACCAGCCCGGAAGCGUUGCCUACCUUACAAGAUCUGGAGCCGCAAUUCCGAUGGCGUUUACGAAGGGAUCAAGAAGCCAAUUAUCGCCUGGUGCAUCGGAACUUGCGCUAAGUACAUCAAAAAAGAGAUUUCAUUUGGCCAUGCUGGAUCAGGAGCGAAUUUACAACGUGAAACAGCCAUUGCGAAGAAUGAGGUAUCUAACAAGGCCGAAUUUAAAGUACCAAAAGCUUUUGAUGGAUUGGGUCAAUUGAUCUACACUAUUCAAGAGGAACAUAUCAUGGGUCUCUGCCGGUGUGAGUGGCGUGAAGAAGAGGGUGAACAAAACAAACUGCUUUACGGAUCGAUGCCUCACUUGCAAAACAGCGCUUUGCUCUCGUCGGAUUCGUCGGAUGCCGAGAACGAGGAUUUCGAGCAAAUCGCAAAUCCUCGUCCAGUGCCCGUGUUGACUGCUCUCUCUCCACCGAUGCAUCAACAAAUAUCCAACUCUUCAUCGGCGAUUCCUCAACGAUUUGAUGCUACACCUCAAGGCAAGCCAAGCUCUUUGAGAAAUCCGCCACGCUGUUUGGAUGAGUAUCGACAGGAACGAGCCGCCAUUGAGCACGCCUUGCAAUCCGGCGGAAAUCAUCAGCAACACAUCACCACCGAUGAUCAAACUGUGCGCGGAUAUUCGAUGAAUCAACAACAAAGCGUGCAAAAGUUUGCCCCACCAACGUACAAUGCGGUGGUGCAAAAGUUUGCCCCACCUUCUGAUGAUGGUUUCAGGUUCUUUUUCUGGGGAGGUGGUUUCUUCGAGAAGUUUCGCCGUCUCUUCUUCGAA